UUCUGGAUUUCUUUGAGUGUUAUACGUCAACAAGAUGUAGAAAUGUCAUUUUUAUUACGGUGGUUGUUCAUGAUAAAAUUAUUUUACAGUAGAAAGUUGAAAAUAUGUACUUGGUUUACGUAAUUUAGUUAAGUUUGGUGCUUCUGAAGUUGUUUGUGAUGAAAUUAUAGCCCUGUGAGUUAGAAUUUUUAUACAAAAUGCUGAAGAAUCUUCUGGAGAACCGCCACUCCAUCGGAUCGGUCAAUAACGACACAUGUUUGACAACACGGCGUGCCAAUGCCACUGUCAUCAGCAACGUGUACGAGGGUAUCCCCGAGACGAUCCUCCUGAACGUCAUCACCUGGAUCUUGCUGAUCCUCCUCUUUGCCAUUUUGCGCAACAGGGCGUGGGAUUACGGCCGUUUGGCCCUCGUCCACACGGAAAAAUGGACCCAGCUGUUCUACAAAAACACAGAUGAUGCCGUCGCCGUUGAAGAAUCAAGCGCCGACGUGUCGUUAAUCCCCGACGCGGGCUGUCUCUGGUUCCCUUCUAUUUUCAAAAUCAGCAGAGAGCGGAUUUUCACACGUUGUGGCCCGGACGCCUCACACUAUCUCUCUUUCCAAGAACAACUCCUUUUCUUAUCCACUACUAUAACAGUGUUCGCUCUUUGCGUUAUACUCCCGAUCAACUUCCAAGGGACUCUCCAAGGGGGUAAAACCACUUUUGGUCACACCACUCUGAGCAACCUGGAGCCCAGCUCCUACUGGUUGUGGGUACAUGUUGUCGCUAGUUUUUGCUUCGUCCCUUUGACUGUUUUGAUCAUGCGGAAGAGCUCCGGUCGGAUUCCCAGUGCCUCGGCACUGACCUCACGGACUGUUAUGAUAACACACAUCUCACACGCACACCGAAAUAUCGACGAUAUUAAGAAUUAUUUCACUGUAAGGUUCCCGGAUACGGAGAUCAAGGACAUACAAAUUGCCUACAGGAUUAAGAAAUUGACGAUACUUGAGAAACAGCGAGCCCUCACUCAUGAGGCUAAGAUGUACUGUAUUUUGAACAACAAACCUGACUUGAAGGUGCAACCGUACGGUUGUAUUAUUUGUUGUCCGUGGAAGACACAAAACGCACUUGAGUACUACACCGAAGAGGAGGCACGCCUCACUGAUUUAGUUGUGGCGGAGCGACGAAAAGUCUUAGAGAGUCCGCUUGGUAUCGCUUUCAUUACCUUAAAUUCAGAAGAACGUGCGCACCACGUCAUCAAAUCAUUCACUCCGGGGUCGCUCCGCCACUGGCUCAUAACAAAAGCCCCUUCGCCGUCAGACAUCAACUGGGAGAACUUAGAAAUUUCGUACCGGAACUGGUACUCGAAAGCAAUCCUCAUCAACGCAAUACUCUUCCUGGUGCUGUUUUUCCUCACAACUCCCGUGAUUGUGGUCAACGUCUUCAACAACUUGACUUCCGCACAAGAUAAAUUCUUGAGUAAGCUGACGCCUCUCCUUUCCGAUUUUCUUCCAACUCUCCUCCUCCUCUCCGUGUCCGCCCUAAUGCCGGUUCUGGUGGCAUAUUCGGACGAAUGGAUGUCGCACUGGACCAAAUCGAAGCAAAAUCACGCAACUAUGCACAAAGCCUUUUUCUUUUUGCUCUUCAUGGUGCUCAUCCUCCCCUCGUUGGGUCUGACGAGUGCGCAAGCGUUCGUCGAAUGGUCCCUUCAAACCGGCAAUCUGACGGUGCGCUGGGAGUGUGUCUUUUUGGCCGACAAAGGCGCGUUCUUCAUCAAUUACGUGAUCACGUCCGCUUUGAUCGGAACAGCUUUGGAGUUGUUGCGCUUCCCCGAGUUGGCCAUGUACGCGUUCCGCCUCCUUCGGAUCAAAUCAGAGGCGGAGAAGACCAGCAUAAGGAAGGAAAUCAUGUCGGAGUUUCCUUUUGGCAUUCACUACGCCUGGACCUUGCUUAUCUUCACCAUAAGCACGGUGUACAGUCUCACGUGCCCUUUGAUAACGCCCUUCGGGUUGCUGUACUUGUGCUUGAAGCACUUCGUCGAUAAAUACAAUAUUUACUACGUCUACAGACCCAUCACCAUGUGUGGCGAGGGCCAGCAAAUCCAUGCCGAUGCCGUCAGGAUGGUGCGCGUCGCCAUUUUGCUCCUCCAGCUAAUAAUGGCCGCGUUUUCCUUCAUUAGAGGCGGUUUCAAUAUAAUGUGUGCGGUUAGUUUUAUUGCGUUCAUAGUCACUGUCACGUUCUUCUUCUUCUUGAGUCCGUUCCCCUCUUGUAGGCCGAUUCAAAAUAACAACACAGCUUUACCCGAGUUUAGUGAGCAGUACAUCGCGCCGGUGCUAUUAAGUUCGCAAAAUAUUGAGCAAGGGGAUGAGUAUAUUGUAUCGUCACCUUCGUCGUACGGUUCCUCGAAUAUUAACGAUAUUGGUGUUAGGCUAAUGUCUGAAAUUGGUUCUUCGGUUGCAUAAAUUUCUUUUCUGCUUCUGGUAUGGCUGUGAUUAUUUAGGAAGUGUUUCACCCGUUGGUUCCACCUUUCAUGUGAUAAUUCCCUAACUUUUAAAGUAUUGACUCAUUCGUUUUAAUUCCUAGUCCUUCUUUCGGUCGCUUAACUUGAAAUUGCAAUGAACGGUGAUAACACGUAACUGUAGGAAGAUUAUAAUAUAUAACUAUUUAUUUGUAAAGUCUAUUUUGUAUAUUUUAGCACAUAACUGUAGAGUUCUUGUAUAAAUAUAUAAUUGCUAUGUUAUAUUGUUACUAAUAGAUUUUUUUAAGACGAAA